AUGGCUAAGUGUUCAUCUAGACAAAUCGCGUUUGUGAUAUUUAAUUUCAUUUUCUUGUGUCUAGGUCUAGGACUUGUUGGGUUUGUGACCUGGACCCUAGCUACCAUUCCUAAUGCCAAUGAAUUCAUAUCUGGCACACAUGUCGUUACUUUGACCAGCUUCUGUCUUGGUUUUGUGAUCCUUGUUAUAGGAGGAAUUGGUUGUGCGGCUGGUUUCUGUAAGGGAUUAUGUAUUCUGAAAACGUAUGUUGGAUUUAUGAUUACCUUGCUAUUUCUGGAACUGGGACUUGUGUUUUUCAUAUACUCGGAGAAAUCACAGAUACCAAGCGUGAUGAUAGACUCCUGGGACGGACUAAACACUGACACUCGGUAUAGGAUACAAACAGAGUUGAAGUGUUGUGGUAUCCAAAACUACACUGAGUACGGAACGGAUGUGGAAUCCUAUCCCUCUAGCUGUUUUGUCGUGUAUGACGUCACGGGCAUAAUUGAAAGAACAGUAGAUAAUCUGUUUACCAUGAACUGCCUGACUCAAAUGCAGAACUGGUUGAAUACCCAUGUCCCAAUUUGGGCAUCUGUCAUUCUGGGCAUUGCUGUGAUAGAGUUCUUAGGUGGUCUCACAUCCUGUAUAUUUCUUCAAAGAGUUCAAAAGAAGAUAAAAGUCAAACCCGAUGAAGAGAGUAAAAGUGCAGACAUGGAAAUGGCAGCCAUGGAAGAAGGGUCCUCAAAAGACCAGGGAUCCAUUGAUACCGAAAAUGAAGAACACGACAACAAAAUGAAUUCGUCCAAUUUGCUUAUUGUGACAUCUGCCUCGCAACGUGACAUAAAAGACAAUAGUAACAUUGACUACCUCAACCAGGAUAUUGGCGAUACAUCAUCAACGAAGACUGACAAUGAUGUCACUGAUGGCGAUAAUAUUGAAACAAUUUCGCAUCGUAGUAUAGAAGGCUCGUCGUUGUUACUAGUGGCAUCUGUUACCAAUAAAGAAACACAUGUGAAAGAAGAAAGGAAGGACUGUGAUGAUGAGGUGGAAACGAUUAUACUUACACAAACGGGCCCCAGCGACGUAACGGAUGAUUGUCAAAAUAAAAAAGAAGAUAUCGUUUCUAAUCACAAUGGACCGGAUCAGUCUAUGAUACUGAUAGGGUCUGUUGUUAAAGAAGAUACUGCUACAACAGAAACACCGGCCACGUCUGUGCAAGACGACUGUGACGUCAUAACCCUGGACCAAACGACAACUGAGGAUGUUAGAGAAGAUAGUGACGAUAAAAGAGACGAUAAUGUUUCUAAUCACAGUAGCCCCAAUCAGACCGUGGUUCUAGCCGGAUCUGUAACUACGGAGGGUACGACUGCAACCCUAGACCAAACGACGAAUGAGGAUGUUAAAGAAGAUAGUGACGAUAACAGGGACGAUAAUGUUUCUAAUCACAGUAGCCCCAAUCAGACAGUGGUUCUAGCCGGAUCUGUAAUUACGGAGGAUACGACUGCAAUAACACAAGCGACCAUGUCUGUGCAAGACGACUGUGACGUCAUAACCCUGGACCAAACGACGACUGGGGAUGUUAAAAAAGAUAGUGACGAUAACAGAGACGAUAAUGUUUCUAAUCACUGCAGCCUCAAUCAGACCGUGAUUCUGGCCGGAUCUGUAACUACGGAGGAUACGACUGCAAUAACACAAGCGACCAUGUCUGUGCAAGACGACUGUGACGUCAUAACGCUAGACCAAACGACAACAGAGGAAGUAAAGGCAGGCAGCAAUGACAACGAAGACGACGACAACAUCUCGAAUCACAGCACAGCUGGUCAAUUAAAUAAAGACACAUAUGCUGGAAGGGAAUUGAAUGCUGGCAGUGAAACCGAAGAAGUAGACACCAUUACCUUGACAACAAAAACUUCUAGCAGCUAG